AUCACGCCUCUCCGUGGUCACGUGGCUGUGAUGUCACGACUUCCUCAAAGCACCACUAUGGAGCUUUUGCGGCCCAUCCGGAGAAAGGAGACGAGCGCCUGAACGUAGCACACAAUUGUGCUGCCGCUAUGUUUAAAUGUCAAAAAGAGUCAGCAGUAGACACGGAAGGGGUUGCUAAAGAUAAAGAAUGGAGAAACAUCUUGAGGAGGAGAUUGAUGAUGUUCUAGAUUUAGACCAGGCCCCAGUGAUGAGAUCUUGGGGGUCUCUGAUGGACCUUAGAGAGGGAGAAAAUUCAGAAGGAGAACCAACAGAUGUGGAAGAAAAGGAGAAUGAUAAAUUAGAUCAAGCCCCAGUGAUGAGGUCUUGGGGGUCUCUGAUGGACCUUCAGAAUGGCGAGCAGGCAGAAGGAGAAGAACCAUCAGCAAAGGACUGCAGUCCACAAUUGGAUCUGCCACAUUCAGAGGUGAAAGAGGAGAAGAAUGAUGAUAAAACAGACCCAGCCUCAGUUAUGUGUUCGGGGUCUGUUACAGAUCUGCUGAUAGAAAAAGAGCAGGAAGUUGAGGCAGAUAACAUCGAUAAAGAAAAAUCAGAUGUCCUGCCAACAAAAAGUGACACUGAUUCCACCAAAUCAGAAGACAAAGGGGCUGUCGGAAAGAAUACAAUCAUCUUUCAGAACACCACUCGGGUAUGGAAGCCCAAGUUGCGGCGCCCAACUUUUGUCAACCAAAACUUUACACCAAGUUUGAAAAAAGGCGAGAUAGAGCACCCAACUGCUGAUACCACCAAAGCAGACUAUGGGCCUGUCAACUGCACGCCAAGAUGCAAAAAUGCCCAGUUAGAGCGCCCAACUGCUGAUACCACCAAAGCAGACUAUGGGCCUGUCAACUGCACGCCAAGAUGCAAAAAUGCCCAGUUAGAGCGCCCAACUGCUGAUACCACCAAAGCUGACUAUGGGCCAGUCAAAAGAAAAAGAAAAAUGAGCAACAUCAAUAUGGAAGAAAGAGUCUGUCUGCCUACAAAGAGAAAGACAGGCCACAUCAAUAUGGAUGAAAGAGGCGGCAUGCCCAAAAAUAUGGACGAAAGAGGCGGCAUGCCUAAAGAUAUGGACGAAAGAGGCGGCAUGCCUAAAAAGAGAAAAAUAACCUUUGAAAAAUUCACCCCAAAAAGAGAAGAGAGGAAGAGAGAAAGGCAACAUCAUUGGAACCGUGACCCUCAAAAUCACACUGGCAAGUGGAAGAAAAACAAACAAGCAUGGCUAAACAAUGGAUUCUUUACUUGGAACAAGCCAACGGUUCAAGUAACAAUCGAAAUGAGGCCUGAAAGAUCUUUCCAGCAAAAAUGGAGCUGGCCUAAGAGCAGAAGCCGAUUUCGUCCAUAUUAAGAAUUAAUAUUAAGAAUUCAUUAAUAAAAUGUUGCAGGGCCUGAAGAUCUUAUCAAAAAAAUGGAGCCGGCUGAAGACCAAAAGACGAUUUCAUCCAUAGUAAGAAUUCGUUGAUAAAAUGUUGCAGGGCCUGAAAGAUCUUACCAGCAAAAAUGGAGCCGGCUUAAGAGCAAAAGACAAUUCCGUCCAUAUUAAGAAUUCAUUAAUAAAAUGUUGCAGCAGGGCCUGAAAGAUCUUACCAGAAAAAAUGGAACUGGCCUAAGAGCAGAAGCCGAUUUCAUCCGUAUUAAGAAUUCAUUAAUAAAAUGUUGCCGGGCCUGAAGAUCUUAUCAGCAAAAAUGGAGCUGGCUUAAGAGCGAAAGAUGAUUUCGUCCAUAUUAAGAAUUACUUAAUAAAAUGUUGCAGCAGGGCCUGAAAGAUCUUACCAGCAAAAAUGGAGCCGGGCUAGAGCAGAAGACAAUUUCGUCCAUAUUAAGAAUUCAUUGAUAAAAUGUUGCGGGGCCUGAAAGAUCUUACCAGCAAAAAUGGAGCCGGCCUAGAGCAGAAGACAAUUUCAUCCAUAUUAAGAAUUCAUUGAUAAAAUGUUGCAGGGCCUGAAAGAUCUUACCAGCAAAAAUGGAGCCGGCCUAGAGCAGAAGACAAUUUCGUCCAUAUUACAAAUUCAUUGAUAAAAUGUUGCAGGGCCGGAAAGAUCUCACCAGCAAAAAUGGAGUCGGCCUAAGAGCAGAAGAUGAUUUAGUCCAUAUUAAGAAUUCAUUAAUAAAAUGUUGCAGCAGGGCCUGAAAGAUCUUACCAGCAAAAAUGGAGCCGGCCUAGAGCAGAAGACAAUUUCGUCCACAUUAAGAAUUCAUUGAUAAAAUGUUGCAGGGCCUGAAAGAUCUUACCAGCAAAAAUGGAGCUGGCCUAAGAGCAGAAGAUAAUUUCCAUUUUAAGAACCCAUUAAUAAAAUGUUCUUCAGUUUA